AUGGCUGAAUGUGAAGCUUACAUCACUAGAAUGGAAGCUCUUCAAGAAUUGGAGGUAAAAGAAGCCAAAAUCUUUGGGGAUUCAACUUUGGUUAUAGCCCAAUCGCAAAGGUUGUGGAAAGUGAAGGAAGAACACUUGAAGCCCUGUCAACAAUACCUAGAGGACUUGACCAAGACCUUUGACAAAAUUGAGUACACAAUUAUCCUUAGAGCUCAAAAUCAGUUUGCGGAUGCCUUAGCUACUUUGGCCUCCAUGGUUGAAAUACCCAAAGGGGUAUGGACACGACCCUUAGAGAUUGAACAAAGUUAUGAGGAAGUGCACAAAAGGAAAAUCAAAGCUUCAGUAAUGGCCAUAGAGGAAGAGGAAGUUCCGUGGUAG